AUGAGGUGUUAUAUUUGCGGAAUAACCGCAAAAGAUUUUAAUGAUUUAAGUAAGAGAAAAGAAAAAAAUAUUCAAGCUGUGAGUUUCGGGCUAUCUAUUCUACAUGACAGAAUUAGAUUUUUCGAAUCACUUCUGCAUUUAGCGUACAAACUUUCCAUCAUAAAAUGGAGGCUCACAAGUGCAGAAGACAAAGAAAUCCAUGCUGAAACAAAGAAGAGAAUACAAGAGCCGUUUAAAGUAGAAUUGGGGCUGUUGGUCGAUAUUGCUAAAGCUGACUUUGGGAAUACAAAUGAUGGGAACACCUCGCGAAGGUUUUUUCAAGAUCCCGAGAUAUCUGCUCGCAUAACAGGUAUUGAUGUCACCUUGAUAGAAAGAUUCAAGGUGAUACUUGAAGCAUUAAGCAGUGAACAUAUGAUUGAUGUCGAAAAAUUUUCAGCAUAUGCAUCUGAGACUGCAUAG